CUCGCCGCGCGCACCGCGAAAAGGCGUCAGUAAAAUGAUGAUUCGCGGGUUCAUAGUUUAAAAGUUUGAAUUGUUUUUAAAAUUAAUGUAAAAUGAGCAAAAAGUCUGGAAGUGACGACGGUAUAGUGGCCAGGCAGAACUCUGUGAUAGCGACUACUAAUAAUACGUCGAACCCCUCAUCGCUUGGUGAUGAUUCCUAUCUGGCCUCAGCCGACGUCCUGUACAUAGACAAUGGGGUCUCCAGAUCGAAGUACGAGCCCCUGUUCCCUGAGGUGGAGGCGGUGCUGGGGUCGCCACACGCGCCGCCGUCCUGCACGCUCGUGUGGCGGGACCUGUCCGUGCACACCAAGCUGAAGGAUGGACACCUUAAACGAUUAGUCAAUAAUGUAAGCGGCAUUGCAAAACCUGGCUCGCUGGUGGCAUUAAUGGGACCCAGUGGCGCCGGAAAGACUACAUUGAUGAGUGCGUUAGCGCACCGGAGUCCAGUAGGCACGAUCGUCGACGGAGAGAUGGCCAUGAACGGGCGGCCCGUUGGAGACUUCAUGCAUCGUCAUAGCGGUUACAUGCAUCAAGAUGAGUUGUUCGUAGACAAUUUGACGGUUAUCGAGCAUCUCAAUGUAAUGGCCCGACUACGUAUGGACCGGCGCACCUCCUCCAUCGCUCGGAAACGUCGAGUGAAUCAACUCCUGCGUCAGCUGGCGCUCUAUAAAUCGCGGUUCACACGCAUCGGCGGUCUUGAUGGACAGAAAACUCUAUCCGGAGGGGAGAGGAAGAGACUAUCCUUCGCUACUGAGCUUUUAACAGACCCCGGUCUCCUCUUCUGCGAUGAGCCCACCACGGGCCUGGAUUCCUUCUCCGCGCAGAAGCUGGUGUCUCUACUGCGAGCCAGCGCUGCACAAGGGAAGACCGUUAUAUGCACCAUCCACCAGCCUUCUUCGGAGCUGGUAGCGCUGUUUGACAAACUAGUGCUAUUAGCGGAGGGAAGAGUAGCGUAUGCAGGCAGUGCGAAGGGAGCGCUCACUUUUUUUGAAAGCUUGGGCUACCACUGUCCCAUCACGUACAAUCCAACAGACUACUUCAUAAAGGUGCUGGCGAUGACGCCGGGCUCAGAGGAGGCCUCGCGACAGGCGGUGAAGAGCAUCUGUGAUCGGUUCGCGGUCAGCGACGCCGCUAAAGAAUUAGACAUGGAGAUACACUUGGAGUUUCACCUUAUGGACCAUGAGGACCAGGCUCGAAAGAAACUAAAUAAAGAAAACUUCAAGCCACCAUUUUUCUUCACAAAAAUUAUGUGGCUUGUGUACCGAUAUGCCCUGAUCGUCAUCCGAGAUCCGAGGGUCCAGUUUAUACGAAUUAUACAAAAAUUGGCAAUAGCGUUCACUGCCGGCGUUUGCUUCCUUGGUACAGCACGCCUGACACAAGCCGGGAUCCAAGACGUGCAGGGUGCUCUCUUCAUCAUCAUAGCAGAGAAUACCUUCAGCCCCAUGUAUUCAGUCCUGCACAUGUUUCCUGAGGAGUUCCCGUUGUUCCAUAGAGAAAUCAGAGCGGGAUUGUACUCAACUCCUGAGUAUUAUAUAGCGAGGAUGAUUGCAUUGUUCCCCGGGUUGGUGGUUGAACCAUCCCUGUUCACACUAGUGGUAUACUGGAUCGCGGGGCUUCGAGCUACUGUCUACGCCUUCGGCUUCACCGUAUUCCUGUCCAUACUGGUGCUCAACGUUGCUAUCGCUUGCGGAUCGUUCUUCUCAUGCGCUUUCGGCUCAAUGCCUGUCGCCAUAGCCUACCUCGUACCUUUUGACUACACUCUCAUGAUGACAUCUGGCAUCUUCAUCAAACUAAGUACAUUACCAAAAUACGUAUCCUGGAUUCGGCAUUUGUCAUGGCUUAUGUACUCAAACGAAGCCAUGAACAUACUGCAGUGGGACGGUGUUAGCAACAUUACUUGCGCCCCAACUGACACCGUUGUGCCGUGCCUCAGCACGGGAGAUGAGGUUCUCAACGUGUACGACUUUACCACCUCACAUUUCUGGACGGAUGUCAUCGCGCUGGCCGUGCUGUACCUCACCUUCCACCUCCUCGCGUUGCUGGCUUUGAGGCAUCGGACUAGGCGGAAAUAACCAUAAUAGUUAGUUUACAUCACGUCUCCCGACACGUUACGAGAUGUUUAUUGAGUAGACUUCCUCACACUUCUGGAACAAUGUCGUCGGUACGUCGUAAUGUAUUGCCCUUAGUGGCCUUCAGACUAGGCUGAAAUAACCACUUCGAAUUAAUUUUGGUGAAUGUGCCGCUUGCAGACCAUUCGUGAAAUGCUCGCGCAUAGUACCACAGAAUAACUAAUAGUACUACCGUACCACUGUUUAACGAACAAUUCGUUUUUAGGCUUCCGUACCCAAAGGGUAAAAACAGGACCCGAGACUCCGCUGUCAGGCUGUCUGUCUGUCCGUCUGUCACCAGGCUGUAUCUCAUGAACCGGGAUAGAUAGACAGUUGAAAUUUUCACAGAUGAUGUAUUUCUGUAGCCGCUAUAACAACAAAUACUAUAAAUAAACAAUAAAAUAAUUAAGUGGGGCUCCCAUACAACAAACGUGACUUUUUUUGACAUUUUUUGCGUAAUAGUACGGAACCCGGUACCGUCUUUGAUUUGAACUCCUGAUAUGUUUUCCACUAGAUAAAUUAGUAUUUCAGAUGAGUUUUACUUUUUUUUUUAUUAAGUACUUUUACUUACUUAUGUCCUUCUCGAGACGUGUCAGAGAGUCGGCUCAAUUUUUUUUUCCUUCAUAGUUAUGAAA